CCAGUUCCCCAUCCAUGCUUCCACUCUCUUUCUCUAAAAAAAUUUCACAAAAUUUAAAAGUAAAAGAAAAAGACAAAAUAAAUAAAGUAAACAGAAAACUGCCGAUUCACUUCCGACUCCGAAAAAUCAGCACUCCCCACCGCCGGUUUCAUCUCCGUCGCCGGUAAAUUUGUGCUCUCCAGGAUCUGCCCUGACCAGUUACAUGGAGUUUGAUGAAACUCCACAGAUGCUCCCACCUCCACCUGGGAGUUUCAUUGAUAGAGAAGAACUUAUUGAACAUGUUGGGGAGUUUGCCGUCUCUCAGGGAUAUGUUGUCACCAUUAAGCAGUCUAAGAAGGAGAGAGUUGUAGUCCUUGGUUGUGACAGAGGAGGUGUUUAUCGAGAUAGGCGCAAAACUAUUGAUGAGGCCACUGGUGAACCUCUGCGCAAAAGGAAAUCUGGUUCGCGACUGACAAACUGCCCAUUCGAGCUAGUGGGUAAGAAGGAGGAUGGCUUGUGGGUACUCACAGUUAAGAAUGGUUCACAUAAUCAUGAACCAAUGAAGGACAUAUCAGAACAUCCAUCUGCGCGGCGCUUCAACGAGAGAGAAGUCAUGCUAAUCAAGGAAAUGACAGAUGCAGGUCUGAAACCUCGCCAGAUACUUAAAAGACUUAGACAAACAAAUCCCGAGCUUUUAUCUACACCAAAGCAUGUUUAUAAUGUGAAAGCCAAGCUUCGGCAAGGGAAUCUUACAGUGAGGAGAUUGAAGACACUGAAAUCUCCUACAGCAGUUGAGGGAAACUCUGAACCUUCAACAUCUUCGGAGCCAUCAUGGAAGAAACGGUAUCCCCCGAGGGUCCCAAAUCUUAUUGGUGGUAGAUUUAUUGAUUCACAGUCAUCAUCAUCUGUCGAUGUGUUAAAUCCUGCCACACAACAAGUGGUUGCACAAGUUCCUUUGUCCACGGGUGAGGAGCUUAAGGCUGCAGUAUUUGCAGCGAAAAGAGCAUUUACAUCCUGGCGAAAUACCCCCGUUACUACUCGGCAACGAAUUAUGUUUAAGCUUCAAGAGCUUAUUCGACGUGAUAUUGAUAAGCUUGCCAGCUGCAUAACAUCAGAGCAGGGUAAGACAUUAAAGGAUGCUUUUAAUGAUGUCUCCCGAGGGAUUGAGCUUGUUGAACAUGCUUGUGGAAUGGCAAAUUUGCAUAUGGGGGACUUCUUCCCAAAUAUAUCAAAUGGCAUUGAUACUUAUAGCAUCCGUGAGCCCCUUGGUAUUUGUGCUGGGAUAUGCUCUUUCAAUUUUCCUGCCAUGAUUCCGUUAUUGAUGUUUCCGAUUGCUAUUACAUGUGGCAAUACAUUCAUAUUAAAACCUUCUGAGAAAGCUCCAGGAGCUUGUGUGCAUCUCUCCGAGUUAGCGGUGGAGGCUGGUUUGCCUAAUGGAGUCCUAAAUGUUAUACAUGGCACCAAUGACAUCAUUGAUGCCAUAUGCGAUGAUGAUGAAAUCAAGGCUGUGUCAUACGUUGGCUCAGAUGCACCUGGAAUGUAUGUUCAUGCAAGGGCAUCUGCCAACAGUAAACGUGUUCAGAGCAAUGUAGGUGCAAAGAGUCAUGUAGUAGUCAUGCCAGAUGUACAUAUGGAUACUGUUAUAAAUGCUUUGGUUUGUGCUGGCUUUGGCUCUGCUGUACAGAGGAGUACAGCAAUCAGCACUGUUAUCUUUGUUGGAGACUCUAAGUCUUGGGAAGGUAAGCUGGUGGAGCGUGCCAUGGCACUCAAAGUAGAUGCAGGGACUGAACCAGGAGUGGACCUAGGUCCAGUGAUCAGCAAGCAGGUCAAGGAAAGGAUAUGCAGGGUGGUCCAAACAUUUGUAGAUAAUGGUGCUCGAUUGGUUCUUGACGGGAGAAAAGUUGUGGUUCCUAAAUAUGAGCUUGGAAACUUUGUUGGUCCUACAAUUCUAACUGAUAUCACUGAAGACAUGGAAUGCUAUAAGGAAGAAAUCUUGGGUCCAAUUCUUCUUUGCAUGCAGGCUGGGAGUUUAGACGAGGCAAUAGGCAUUGUUAACAGAAACAAACAUGGAAACGGAGCGUCCAUUUUUACAUCUUCAUGUGCCACCGCAAGGAAAUUUCAGACUGAGAUCGAGUGUGGACAGGUUGGUGUAAAUGUGGCAGUUGCAUCCCCAUUGCCUCUUUUCUCUUUCACAGGUUCAGACGCUUCGUUUACCGGCGACAUCAACCAUUAUGGUAAAGCCGGUCUUCAGUUCUACACGCAGAUCAAAACCGUGACUCAGCAGUGGAAGGAUUUCCCCAGCAGCGGAGCAUCUUCUUCGCUACUUGCAUCAUAUGAUGCACGGAGCAACAGUGGAGACGUCCACGCAUUUCCAUCCAUCGACUUCACAAGCAACGACGUGUCGCUGGGGCUGCACUUGAGGGAUUUCUCGAAUGGGGAAGGGGUGCCUCUACCGCUCCAUGAUGAUCUCCCGAGUCAUGACGGGAUGUCCAUUCCAUUAGUAGCUUCAAAGGAUUUCCCGAGCAGUGAUGGUGAGUCUCUAGAACAAUCCCGAGAUCUUCCGAACAGCGACGGAAUGUCUUCGAUCCCGCAGUUGGAUGGCUCUCACUGGACUUUACACUUUUAGGUCAGUCACUUGAGCCUUUCGGUGGCUCGAUUUUUUGCCUUGGUGUUGCGUGUUGAUGAUUUGAAUUUUAUUUUGUUUGUAUUUGUGUUGAAGAGUAAGAAUUGGUGGUAGAUUAGUCUUGUAGAGUAUAUCUAUGUAUAUCAGUGUAUGUGGUUGUUGAGUGUUGAAUUAACUAACCCCCUUCGCCACUUAUUAAUAGUCUCGUUUAUGUUUUUCA